AUGGAUUUCGAAAAGUGCUUUGAAUCUCUCCCUACAUCGUUAUGUAGCCAUCCGUCGCAACCGCUUUUCGCUGUUGGACUUGUUGACGGCAGCGUUGGUGUCUACAACUACAAGCAGGAUGUGGCAGCCGGUGCUAGUGAGGAGGCGAUCACUGAGGUAUGGCUGAAGAAGCACAAAGCGGCAGUGAGAAAGGUUCGCACCAGUACGAACGGUUCGUCGCUUCUGACUAUCACCAAGAACCGAGCUUUGUGUCUGUGGGAUACGGAGACAGGCAGUAAAAAACGCUGUAUCCGACGCUCCCAUGACAGAUCCCCGUACGCGCUUUGCGUGAUGGACGAAAAUAACAUUGCUACAGGGGACGAAGAGGGAGUCGUGCGCCUGUGGGACUGGCGUAGUCAGCGACCGUGCAUCGCUUCCAUGCAUGACAACUCGGACUAUAUAACCGAUAUAGCCGCCGACCCGUCGCGCAAGACUCUAUUGGCUACUUGUGGCGAUGGCACUCUCUCCGCCUUCAGCACCAGCAAACGCAAACUGAUCAUUCAAUCAGAAGUCAUGCAGUCAGAGUUGCUAUCCAUCGCCAUAGUGCUCAAUGGUAAGCAGAAAGUUUUUAAUUUCUUUUUCUUUGUAAGUCCAAAAAUCAGUUGA